AGUUUUGUGAAGCGCUUUAUUCCAAAAUGACGGUACCGACAGAAAAUGUGAAGGAUGUAAUAUCAGUGAGAGUUAUGCGAUUAAAUCGUCCCACUUUUGUUCGACAACAAUGUGAACCAGCUGAACUAUAUUUGGAUGAUAUAGCUGGAUGUUUAACUGCAGCUGAUGCAGGUAUUCGUGGAAAUCUUGAUGGUAUUGCGUUAAAUUUUCUAUCGACCGGUAAUAUGCCUACUUCUGCUGCCGCUAAUUCUGAUGAACACCUCUCCAACACUGAUAAUAAAGUAAACGUUGAUAAAAGAAAUUAUGAUUCAUUCCAACCGAAAGUUGGUGGAUUCAGUGAACUGUUGAGCUUACCGCAUUCUUUUGGAACUACAUAUUUGGGUGAAACAUUCUCAGCUCAUGUUAAUUUACACAAUGAAAGUAAUCAAAUUUGUUACAAUGUUGAAUUGAAAGUUGCUCUUCACAAUCGUACAGAAUUAAUUACCCUACCUGUAUGUCCUUCACUGAAUGGUUCCUGUAACAAUAAUAAUAAUAAUACACGUUUAAAUACAAGUCCUACUGCUACUACUACUACUCCUGGUGAUGGUGUUUUCGACUUACAUCCAGGACAAUCAUUGAAUGCUGUUAUUAGUCAUGAAUUAAAAGAAUUAGGCAUUCACAAUUUACGAUGUACAGUUUCAUAUUUUCAAACAAGUUUGCAUGGAAAGUCUGAAACACUACCACAUGUCGCUGCCUAUGAAUCGCCAAGGUUAACAUCAGGUCUUUCAUCACGAGAUACAGCUAAACGAGAACCAAUCACAUUUCAACGUUUAUACAAAUUCUCAGUAAAUAAGCCACUGGAUGUUCGAAAGAAAUUUUCAAUCAUUGAUAUUGAUCAUAGUUUACUUAUGGAGACACAAAUUCAAAAUCUGACUACAACACCAAUGAUCUUAGAACGUGUACUCUUCGAACCUAAUCCUCAAUUCAGUGUUAUCAAUUUAAAUAAUAUGGACUUUACUCAAAAGUCUGUGUCUAGCACCUCAACAUACUACUUACAACCAAAUGAUGUACAACAAUUUUUAUAUCGUUUAAUGCCAACAACUACAAAUUCACUACCGUAUAUAAAUUCAUCUGCAGUAUCAUCAUCAUCGGUAACUACACCACCUAUACCUAAUCCUCCUGAAGCUAUUUCUACGUCUACCCAUCAAUUGUCUAUAUCAGCUGGACGUUUAGAUAUUACCUGGAGGUCAGUUAUGGGUGAAAGAGGUCGAUUACAGACUAGUUCUUUGAAGUAUGAAUGCAUCGAGUGGGUCAACUUGAACUACUGCAUUUCUUUGCAGAGUUUCCUAUGCAAAAGUCAGUCAGUGUUCAGUUAGCAUGAUUUAACAUCAUAUGAUGCUUAGUAGGCUGUUAUGAUUAUCCGUCGUUAGCGUUAUAAUGCGUACACCUUUAUAAAUAGCGUGUUUUUACUACUUGGCUGACUGACUGGCUUCAGUGUAGAAGUUUGCACAGAAGUGCAGUGUACUCCGCCCCCCUCCGCAUGCGGCACACAAUGCAAGAGAAAAGAGUAAAGAGAGAUUCAAAACGGAGAUAAUAAACAGAGAUAUGAGGGUAAAAGGAUAGUGAUAUGGAAGAACGAUAUAGUUUUAUUGGAUAUUAUAAAUCAUUGAGGAGUGACUGUUUCUGCUCUAGCCAUUGAGAAUAAUUUUGACCCAUAUCGGCGAUUUUCUUCAGCCUUCAUUGGCUUUACCCAUUCUGACGAACCCAACCAGCAAGUGUACACCUUCCUACGUGACUGCCUUUAAUUAACUGUUGUGGAUUUCCUUGAAUAAUGUAACCAUGUUUUAGUUUUGACCACCACUAGCUCUUUCCCGACCUGUUCGAUCGUGUGUCAGCUAACAUUGAGCGUCGAGGAAGGCGAUGGCUAGGCAUGCGUAAUACAUAUCCUAACCAUCUCUCUCAAUUGAUGUAACUUCACAACAUCACCGACUGAUUUCCCUACCUACCUAGUACUCGACCAAAGCUUAAUCUCAAUAUUUCUCACCUUCUUAUACCACGUAACAUGAGAGAUAUUAUGCAGACACCUAUGCUCAAAGUUAGUUAGCCAUCUCAUGUCUUCCACUUUUACAAUGACCACGUAUCUCUCACAGCCAUACGGCAGGACAGAGCGGACUCCUGAGCAGUGCACACAUCUUUAGAUAGAUAGCCAUCCGGAUAUCAAGUCUACGCCGGAGAUAACGUAAAUUGGCUUAUGCCAAACGAGCCUUCUGUACCCAUAGUGAGAUUUUGUCAGCUUUCACUGCCUAUCUGUAAACUAGGAGGGAGUCAAUGUAAUCCAGUCCUGUAACAUCAUCCUACAUUUUUACUACUUAAAUUCGUUCAGUAGUUUAAAGUAAGGAAAUGUCAUUUGUUGUCAUUAUGUAUGUGUGUUUUAAAAAAAAUGAAUUUUAACAGCUUCCCACAAUUGGUGAUAUUCAACUUAAAGCAUCAAGUCUUCCGCCGACUGUAACGACAGAACGACCAUUCACAAUUAAAUUUGAAUUAGUAAAUUGCAGUAAAACCAAUUUAGACUUAGUUUUAAAUCUUCAUUCAGUCAAUAAUAAUAAUAAUAUCCCGUCGGUGAAAGCUGAUGAAGAUAAUCAAGUUGACAGUCAAGCUGCUAUUGCUCUGGAUUCCUCUUCUAUUGGACAAACUACUGGGGGUGGUGGUUUAUCACCACUUGUCUGGUUGGGUAGAACACGUCAAAAUCUUGGCCGAUUAUCACCUGGUCAGUGUAUUCCAUUUGAAUUAAAUUUAAUGGCUACUACACCUGGUCUGCAUAUGGUCUCUGGUGUAUGCAUUCAUGAAUUGACAAUGAAUCGUGAUUAUGAAUUCAAUGAUUUAGCUCAUGUGUUGGUUUUUGCUGGUGUUCCAUGCUAAACGUCUUUUUUGCUUUAUUUCUUUCCGUUGUCAUUAAGGUGUGUGUGAAACACAAUUAGGAAGAUGUCUAAGAUUCAUUUAUGCAUCGUCGUUACAUAUACUACUUACUACUACUACUCAUAAAACCGGCUUUAUUUCAAAAAACAGUGUGUUUAGUACAGUAUGGAAUUUUCAGCAUCAUGACGUAACUUUAUUGCUUUGUUUCUCCUUUUAACAAUAUAUUCCGUAUUUAUUUUUUUUUGAUGUGGAUAACAAUACCCUGGUGAAUGUUGUCGUUGUUGUUAUUGUUGGUGUUAUCGUGAAUAAAUUUAUUCCCUUUUUGCUCUUCAUUCAUCUGUGGAAUAUUUUAACUGAUUGUAUUUGGUCAAAAUGGUAUUUUCUAACUGGAAUAUAUAAAUGUGUGUAGCAUUUUAAA